UACUAUGUGUAUCUUUCCUCCGGGCCACAAUGGACGGAUGUUUAGUCACCCAACACACGGGCAUCGUAUUUCUCACGUGUGCAUUUUACAACACACGUCCACUUCGGAUCAGGAGAGACGAGAACUAGCGACACAGAGGAAAACAUCGAACACAUGUUGGCGAUAUCCGAACAUUUCCCUCCGACUGGCAUGACGACAUCGGGGCGCUCGCUAUGGACGAUAUUGACAGUGAGUGUGUCCCUGAUGUGUGCUUACUCCGUCAAAUUGGAUUGUCAGGAGAUGGAAGCGUGUACAGACAAGCUUAGAGGCAUGAAUCACACUAUCAGCAAUCGUGUGGGGACAAGUCAAAUGAUCAAAACCUGCAUUCAGCUUACACAGAACUUCCCAACGUGCUUCGAACCGGCUAAAAAGACAUGUGGACUAAAGUUUGAUGAUACCAUUCCAUACAGGCUUCUUUAUUAUAAUACAAAGGAUUCGUGUAAUAAAGGCUGUCCUAUAUUCCAGCCCCUCUUAAACUGUGAGACAAAGGUGGCAUACGUGGAUCUAAGCACAGACAAAAACAAAUAUUGUAGAUCAUACAUUGAAAGUAUGGAGUGCCUUGAAACUACUUUAGUAAACAUAACAUGUUCCUAUGGUGAGCAGACGAGUGCCUACAUCCUAGACACAGUUUACGAUCAGAGCUCGCGACAGUUCGGAGACGGAGUGUGUAUGGCGGCCAAAGACUGUACAGAUGUUGACAAUGCUGUGACGUCAGUGAAAGCAUGUUUACUCCAAUGGAACUCGACAAGAGAUUAUUCUGACAGUGGAACCGAUGCGUUAAAAUCAUGCGUUUCAAAGAUAACCACAUGCUCCGACGCCCUCAAGAUGGUUCCCUAUUUCGAAGAAAGUCUCAUUGGAAUUGACGUUACGGCUCGAUUGACGACAGAAACACCAGAAACGUCAUCUGCAGUAACCACAACAACAGCACCCAUGACGUCAUCAGUAAGGUCACCAUCCUCCUCUACAAUCGACACUUCCGUCCGGACAUCAAAUGCCACUCGACCCUAUAUUGAGGAUGUUUUGACUAAAAUAUCCAGACAACCACUCGAAACUACAACGGCUACAACAAAAGGCACCACUAUACUACCUGACCCAAUUACGACUUCUUUCCGCCACGAAACGAGCAGUUCCCAAAUGACGACAUCUUCGAAACCCAAAACGAGCAGUUCUCCAACGAAGACAUUUUCAAAUCUCACAACGAGCAGCUCUCCAAUGAAGACACCUACGGAUACCACAAAAGGCAUCUCUAUACUGUCUGGCCCCAUUACGACUUCUGUCCGCCACGAAACGAGCAGUUCCCAAAUGACGACAUCUUCAAAUUUCAAAACAAGCAGUUCUUCGAUUACGACAUCUUUCACUGAAAAAACGAAGAGUUUUCAGAAUGAUAUAUUUUCAAAUCCUAAAUCAAGUAUUUCUCCAGUAACCACAUCUCCCAGCCACCAAACAAGCAAUUCUCAUUUUGAAAUUACCUCUCAAUCUAUUGCAUCAACAGAAAAGAAUGACCCUCCCUCGAACAGAGGCUUUGUCAUUCCAAAAGUUUCCGCCACACCAAGCCUUAAAUUCACGGAAUCGUCAACUGGUGGUGACAAAGAUGACAGCGUUACUAUGGAAACACAAAGUCACAGCAGCGUCGUGGAAAUGGAAAGUUCAACUGUUCUGUCAUCAGGACCAGCGUUCAGUGCAGAAGACGAAAAUGAAGUAACACAGGAUGCUGUUGUGAACACCUCACUCUUUUCGGCAGUCGUUGAAAAUGAGAUGACAACACCGUCCAGUGAACAACAAACUGCCAAGUCAGACCAAAAUACUGUCACCGCUGGACUAGCGGACCGACAGAGCUACUCCGGGAAUACACCCCCACGUGUCAAUGACGGGAUAUCAGAGGAGGUGCAUGAGAAAGUUCCCAGUUCCGUUCCAGAGCCAACCAGAGUCUCGACAAGGCCUGUAAAAACAUCAACCGUAGGAAGGGAGAUAACUCGAACAUUAUAUUCGUCAGGAAAGAGUCGGAUUGAAACGACAACAUCUAGAUUACCUCUCAAAUCGGAAUCAGUUACAAGAAUAUCGACGGUAAAGUCAGACGUUCCUUCGACAUCACUAACGUCAAAGACGACGACGUCACUUUCAAAAGGAGCCCACAGUGGUGACACUAACGGUGGUGCCAUUCUAGUCCGGUCCAGAGCGAUAAUGUGGAUUUUAGUAACUCUUGUAUCUUACUUCUUCACGUGAAUCUGUCUUGCGAACUUUGUGGAUACGAGGAACGAAUGAAUCGAGUGUAUGCUGAAUGCUGAUGGAAGAACGGAUGGAUCGAAGAGGAUGAGUGUAAACUAUAUAUGGAUGAUUGGUUGUAAAAGUUGAUAAAUAUCUGUUUUGAUUUUGAACUGAUUAAUUUUGAUUAUAUCAUCGGUAAUUUCAGUAAUAGUGCCGGUAAGUUAAUUAUAUUUCCAAUAAGUUACCAAUGCUAGCUAUCAGUAUUCAGUAUUAUGGGUAAUAUUAAUUGAUACCGGUUAUACCAAUCGUAGCACCGGUAUUUUUAUUAUAUUGCCGGUAAUAUUGAUAUUUUGCAAAAAAUUAUUACGAUUUUAUUUUUGUAAUUUCUUUAGUGUUUUUUUUUAAGUAUACUAAUAUCGGGUUUAGUAUUAAUUGUGAGAAGAAUCUGAAAUAUACAUAUGUUCAUCGAGUGAAUCACUACUGACCUGUGACCCUAACACGUGACCAGUGCAUCGCUGACAAGUUAAUUAUCAAUCAGUGUUGAUCGAUAUAGAAAUGUUGUAUUGCUUUUUAUAGUGUGGUGGAAUGACCUGUCGUUUUGAAAUUUGCGUGGGAUAUUUAUAUUAGGCGAGUGCAUUUCCAUGCUUAGUGAGUCCUAGAACACGCCCACGACGUAGUCAGGACUACUACUUCACAUCACAAAUAUAUAAUAAUGAUAUGAAUAAAUAAUAGAUUAUUCUUUGUUCCGUAUGUCAGAUAUGGCUUAUAACAUGCUAUUAAUAACGUUAUACUGGUUAGCGCUGUCUGACUGUAGCAAACAUUGUACGACCAUCACCUGUUCUCAUACAUACAUACAUAUAUCGAACUUAUAUUGUUGUUUUACGAUAAACCUUGUAUCUACCUUCAGGUAUGGCCUUACAAUACACAAAUUAACUGACAGAUAUAAAAAAAGCUGACCAAUUAGAUUAAAAUGUCAAUUUUCCAACAAGAAAUGGACGUAGAUUGACAGGUAUUCCUAAUUCAUUUUUCUAUUUUCACCCCUAAUUACUACGCUAUUUACAUGUUAACACGCGCUGGUCUUAAUUGGAAGUGGGAUAAAAGUAACAAACAACCAGAUCGGGACUUCUCUGAAUUUGAGACACACGUUUUUAUCCACUGCCCCAUCUGGUGACCAGUUGUCACCCCCACCAACCUACUGUCCCUCAUGUCUAAUCGAGGUCAUUGAUACAUAUGACCUUUGAGUGUGUUUGUGCUUCAUAUGUGUGAUUUAAAUAAAAUCGGCGUUCAACUAAGAUGCAGGUAUAGUCGCCAACACUCGGGAAACAUCGUUCCUUUCCGUCGGGGAUCAGAUCUGUCGUCACUACUGAUUAAGUUUACUCAUGGCUGGACCUAAAAACUAACCAUCGUCCAAACUUAACUGUAAUACAGCGAUAAAUGUGUCCGAAAUUUGAAGUUAUCAAGAAUCUAUAGCUUAAAUGCGAAGAGUACAUGUAGCCGUGUGUCUGCAAACUGGGCUCCAACAUGAAAAAAUAACUUAUUACAAAAGACUCAAUUAUUUCAUUUUACGAUUAAGACAGAUAUUGAAGGCCUAAAUUAUGAAUUAAACUUAAUUUAGACUUGAAGUAAAACGCAUGAUGAUAGUAAUGUAUAGAACCCGGAUGUACAUACAUGUAUAGGUAUACGAUUCUGGAUAAAUAAUCACGGCGGAGACGUGUGAGAAUCGGCCACUAAGAUAAAAGGGAUGGUUUAAUGAGUGACAACAUUAAUUGAACGACUUUAUUUUAAUUUGUGGAUAACAGAAGUAUGGUUACCAACAGAAAAAUCAAAACAAUUCAUCCGAGAUAUGAUAUACAAUAUUCCAUGUUUGUUGAAAUAAAAUAUUGAUCACUACUUC